AUGGCUGAUCUGAUUGUAGCCUCAUCUCUAAUUCCGCCUACCCUGCGGCGUCUCAAACGCCUGACACUUGUCUCGUUAAUUGGUCUGCUGGGUAUGGAGCAGAUUCUUGAAGAGCACACUUAUACCCAAAAAAGGAUGACUUUACAUAUUCAAAGUCCUGUCAUGAACACCAGAAAGAAAUUGUUGCAAGAGGAAAAUGCAUCAGAAACACAGGCCCAAAAGAAAAUGCAAACAGAACGCCAGUUAAAAUGCUUAGCAUUUCAGAACCCUGGCCCUCUGCUAGCUGAAUUCAACCCUGAGACCCGAUUGCAGACAAAAGAGAUUCGCAGGACAAAACUAAGGCAGCUGGUCUUCGAAAGCAAAUUUAAGGCCUUAAGAAAAUAUGACAACACUGGCAGGCUGCUUUUCAAUGGAAUAGACCUUUGCGACUGUCUGGAUGAAAACUGCCCUGGCUGUUUCUAUCCCUGCUCCAAAUGCAGUUCUUGGAAAUGUGGCUCUACAUGUCGCUGUAAUCGGAAGUGGAUCUAUGAUGGAAUUGAAACAGAAGGAAGUGAUGUUGUUCAAAAGUUCCCUAAUUUGUGUUAA